AUGGCCACUCUUCUUCUAAGAAACUCCUCUUCCACUUCCCGCCGCUUCUUCCCCUUCGCUUCUCAAAUCCACUCUUCCUUUUCUCGUUCCCCUCUCUCUACUCCCAAUGACUCCACCACCUCCUCUUCUUUCAAUUCCAAUCCCUGGUGGAGAUCCAUGGCCACUUUCACUAGAACGAAACCUCACGUUAAUGUGGGCACUAUUGGACACGUGGAUCACGGGAAGACCACGCUAACCGCGGCAAUCACCAAGGUGCUUGCGGAUGAAGGUAAGGCUAAGGCUGUGGCCUUUGAUGAAAUUGACAAGGCUCCUGAGGAGAAGAAGAGAGGAAUCACCAUAGCAACGGCUCAUGUGGAGUAUGAGACUGCAAAACGACAUUAUGCACAUGUGGACUGCCCUGGACAUGCAGAUUAUGUCAAAAAUAUGAUUACGGGAGCUGCUCAGAUGGAUGGUGGUAUACUAGUUGUAUCUGCACCUGAUGGACCAAUGCCUCAAACGAAGGAGCACAUUCUUCUUGCCCGCCAAGUUGGUGUGCCAUCUCUUGUGUGCUUUCUAAAUAAAGUUGAUGCUGUUGAUGAUCCAGAGUUGUUAGAGCUUGUAGAAAUGGAGCUACGAGAGCUUCUGAGCUUCUACAAGUUCCCAGGGGAUGAAAUCCCUAUCAUUAGAGGUUCAGCGUUGUCUGCUUUACAGGGUACAAAUGAUGAAAUUGGAAGACAGGCCAUUCUAAAAUUAAUGGAUGCUGUAGAUGCAUACAUUCCUGACCCUGUUCGCCAACUUGACAAACCUUUCCUAAUGCCAAUUGAAGAUGUGUUCUCCAUUCAGGGGCGUGGAACAGUUGCCACUGGCCGUGUUGAACAAGGGAUCAUUAAAGUCGGUGAAGAAGUGGAGGUUUUGGGUCUAAUGCAGGGUGGUCCUCUGAAAACAACAGUAACUGGAGUUGAGAUGUUCAAGAAGAUUUUGGAUCAAGGACAAGCUGGUGACAAUGUUGGUCUUCUUCUCCGUGGUCUGAAGCGUGAAGAUAUUCAACGGGGUCAGGUGAUUGCCAAGCCUGGUUCUGUAAAAACAUACAAGAAAUUUGAGGCAGAGAUAUAUGUACUCACAAAGGAUGAGGGUGGGCGACACACUGCUUUCUUCUCCAACUACAGACCUCAGUUUUACUUGAGAACAGCUGAUGUCACUGGAAAAGUAGAGUUGCCUGAAAAUGUUAAGAUGGUUAUGCCCGGAGACAACGUUACAGCUGUGUUUGAAUUGAUUUCAGCAGUUCCACUUGAAGCAGGACAAAGAUUUGCCUUGAGAGAAGGUGGCAGAACAGUUGGUGCAGGUGUGGUGUCAAAAGUACUGAGCUAG